CUUGUGGUUACCUUCAAGUCAGGUCAAGUUAGUGAUAACAGUUUUUGGCAGAUAUCCUCAAAAUUUUGCAUCAGUGCUUUUGAUAAUGUCUACUCCAAAAGUCGUAAGCCAUGCGGUAAAGCAGGUGAAACCACUUUUGUCGUUAGACCACGGAGAGGCGAGGAGAAGAGUCCUCAACCUGUACAAAGCCUGGUACAGACAGAUCCCUUAUAUAGUAUUGGAUUUUGACAUCCCUAAGAACGAGGCCCAGUGCAAAUCGAAGCUCAAAGAGGAAUUUAUGAAGUACAAAGACGUUAAGGACAUCAGGAUCAUUGACAUGCUGGUCAUCAAGGGGCAGAUGGAGUUGAAAGAGUGUGUGAAAGGCUGGAAACAGAAGGGACAUGUCAUGGCGUACUGGAAAGAUACUCACGAACCUAAGCCAAAAGAUUUCCUAUCGAAAUUUGUAUCUGGGGUCGAAUAAAACCAUUCUUUUCUCUCUAGUUCGAAUAGAAAUAUUUAUUUUGUAAAUAAGAAUGACAAACCGUCUAUCAACACAUGAUGACCACCUUGAAAAGUUAUAAUUGUUAAUAAAUAAUUUGUGUUAGAAGCUGUUGA